AACAAGGAAUACGAUAAGAAAACAUGCCAUUUUUAUGUGGCAUCAGAAAUUUAGAAGAAAGAUAGACCCCUCAUUUGAAAUUAUGGGAGACCAUCCUCCAUCCAUUUGAUGACUUUUUUACUUCAACUAUUCUCCUUAAUCUUCUCCUCUUAAUUCUUCAUUUUCUUCCAUCCUUUUCCUAUUCUUGGCAUCCUCUAUCAUCUCAUGAUUCCUGAACUUUCUCUUCAUUCAUUCCCAUAGAAUUUCAUUUUCUUACCAAAACAUUUUCUCCUUGACCAAGAAACUAGAAACUAAAACCGCCAGCCUGCCAUUACCUUCUGCAGCCCCCAAAAGAGGUGCACGUCGCUUCUCCUGCGCGCGCACCUCCCAUAUUCAAGCGAUGACUUUCAACCUAACUGCUAUAAUACCAACCCUCUCCUUUUUCUUCCUAAUAAUUCUUCUUCAAUCCACGGUUGUUUUCUCCGUCACUGAAUCCGAAGCCCUUCUCACCUUCAAGAAUUCUCUCAUAAGCAAUCACUCUGCAUUCACCACAUGGAAAUUGCCCAAAACGCCAUGCACUGGCAACAAGGCGAACUGGGUCGGAAUCCUCUGCCAAAAAGACCACGUCUUGGGGAUACAACUAGAAGGAAUGGGGAUCUCGGGCAUCAUCCAUGUGGAGUCUCUUCAAGCAUUGCCUCAUUUGAGAACGAUGAGUUUGUCGAAUAAUAACUUGGAGGGGAAGCUACCCAAGUUAAAUAAGCUAGGGCUGAGAUCGAUUUACCUUUCUAGUAAUAAAUUCUCGGGUGAGAUCGAUGGGGAUUGCUUUGACGGAAUGAUGUCUUUGAAGAAGGUUUAUUUAGAGAAGAAUGUGUUUACCGGUCAAAUUCCGAUUUCCUUGACCAUGUUACCUAAGCUUGUGGAGUUGAACAUUGAAGGAAAUCAAUUCAGUGGAGCUAUUCCAACGUUUAAAUCUGUUCAAUUUAAGAUUCUAAAUUUGUCUAAUAACAAGUUGGAAGGUCAAGUCCCUAAUGAGCUCAAUUACUUGACUGCUCAAUCCUUUGCAGGGAAUCCGGGUCUUUGCGGCCCCCCACUUCAAGCUUGCACUUCCAACACCAAUUCAAACUCAAACUCAAAAUCAACUCUAUCCACUAUUAUAAAAAUCAUUCUCAUUUGUGUAGCCAUUCUUAUUGCCAUAUCAAUAUUCAUGAUCAUAUUCCUUACUAUUAAAAAGAAUGGUGAAUCAACCAGUACAUUAAAUAUGGAGGCUCCUCCUCCCAUGCGUUCAAAACCAAUGCCCGAGUCGAUACCUGAUCAGGGCUCUCCAGCUCGAAGCAAGAAGUCAUCAGAGGCAGCUGGAAAACUAGUGUUCUUGAAAGAAGAUCGAGAAAAGUUUGAGUUGCCCGACUUACUCAAGUCAUCCGCAGAGAUGUUGGGAAAUGGUUGCCUUGGAGCCUAUUACAAGGCUUGUCUUCCAUCUGGGAAGCCAAUGGUAGUGAAAAGAUUUAAGCAUAUGAACAAUGUCGGUAGGGAAGAGUUUCAAGAACAUAUGUGGAGGAUUGGGAGACUUAACCAUCCUAACUUGCUUUCUCCCGUGGCUUUCUAUUAUCGGAAAGAGGAGAAACUCACUAAGUUGAUCUAUGUAAUUUUUGUGCUAAAAAAUAUAGGCAAAGGAUCCAAAGAUCAACAAAGUCUCAACUGGGCGGGACGCUUGAAGAUUGUAAAAGGCGUCGCCAAAGGUCUUAUGUAUCUCCACACCGAAUUACCGAGCUUGAUAGUCCCUCAUGGUCACCUUAAGUCUUCCAAUGUUCUCUUAACCGAGUCUUUGGAACCGCUCCUAUCCGACUAUGCGUUGAUUCCAGUGGUCAACCCCGACCAUGCUCAAAAGAGCAUGCAAGCCUACAAGUCACCCGAGUACAAGAACAACAAUCGUGUCACCAAGAAAGCCGAUGUUUGGUGCCUCGGAGUUGUGAUAUUGGAAACCUUAACUGCUAAGUCCCCUGGAAGUGACGCUGACAUGGUGACGUGGGUGAAUUCUCUCGCGAAUAAGAACGCCACAGAGGUUUUCGAUAAGAAGCUGAUGGAAACCAAGCACAACGAGGGGGAAAUGACGAAACUUUUCAAAAUAGGGUUGUCGUGCGUUGAACUGGACGCCGAAAAGCGAUCCGACAUGAAAGAAAUUGUGAAAAAGAUUGAUGAGUUAAAAGAAUAAGAGAUGAUGUAGAUAGACUAGAGUUUUGCAUGGUGUAUCUACAAAAAAAAUAAAUUAUUGAUAAUUAGCCUAUUUAAU